AUGUCGCUUUCCCCAGCAAAGGCGAUGGAGAGCAUCUCAAGCUGCUCCGCAUACAUUCCUAUAUAUAAGAAAACCUUAUCAGUUAGAAGCCCGGAGAUGGAUAGCCUCUUCAAACCCUUGCACGACUGCACAAUAGCCCCAAAACCCUCGUCCAGGGGUAGAUUUGUCACUGCAUCUGGUAUGGUCGGGUUUAGGGUGCAUAGCCGAAAACGGAUGAAAUUGGGGCAGUUCUUAGCCACCGUGAUGAGGGCCGCAUUCAGUAUCGAAUUUAGCUUGGGGCAUCCGCACGAUAUGGAAACUAGCCCUUCUUCUGUUACGCCCGCAAAACCCACGCCGUACAAGUCUGAUGGGAAAACCCUAAGCUCUUCAAGUUCUUUGCAUGUGGAGCCCACAACACCAAGCCCUUUAUCCUCAAUGAAUCUUCUCAAGAGCAUCAAGAGGCACCGUUGGAUUCAUCCUGAGGCUCCUAAGGUUGGGACUUCUCGCUACCAGUCGCUCAAGAGCCGUUACAUUGACAUCACCUCUAAGGCAUGCAAAAUUUAA